GACGAGGCGAGGCUCUUCGUACUAGGAACGGACCCCGCACGCGGGCGCGCGAGGCCCGAGGCUCGGCAUUGGGGCCGCGGGCUGCCUAAAAUGGACGGCCCUCGAUAGCUUCACCACCAAUCGCGGCGUGCGACAGCCUUCUCGAGAGCUUCAGGCAGAGCCAGGGCAGCCAUGCCGCGCGACAACCCCUCGUGCACCAUCACGACGAGCCUGGGCAACUUCACGGCCGAGAUUUUCCUCCGGCCAAUGCCCCUCACGGCGGCCAACUUCAUCGACCUCGUCGAGAAGCGCUUCUACGACGGCACGCACGUGCACCUGCUCGCGCCGAAGAUGGUUCUGGGCAUGGGCUGCCCGCACUCGAAGGACCCGCAUUCCUCCAAGGCGGGCACGGGCGCCGCGCCCGACGGGUCCGCGUUCCGCGCGCCCGACGGUCGCCUGGUCGAGCGGCUCCCGGGCGGCUACGUCCGGGACGAGGUCGGCACGGAGCAGCUCUCGAACUACGCGGGGACGCUGGCCAUGAUCAACCUCGGCCGGCCGGACAGCUGCUCGUCGCAGUUCGUGAUCAACUGCGACCACAACCGGUGGGCUGACGCCUGGGAGCUCGAGUCGCCGGCGUCGCACUUCGUCUUCGGCAAGCUCGUGAGGCGGGGUGAUUUAGAUGUCGCGAAGAAGGCCGCGCGCGGCGCGACGGCGGACGACGACCGGCCCGCGGACCCGAUCAAGGUCGUGCGCAUACGCAUGGGCACGGCGGAGGACGCCGCGGCCAAGGCCAAGGCGGAGAAGGAGAAGCUGCUGGCCGAGGCCAAGGCCGGCGCGUCGGGGCGCUUCAUCUACGGUAACUGGGACUAGUGACUAGGAACACAGGACACCU